AUGGAAAAUUGGUCCGUUGAUCAAGUCUGCAACUGGUUGAGACAAAGAAAUUUAGGAGAACUAGUUCCUAAAUUUCGUGAAGAAGAAGUAAGUGGAGCAGCUCUUCUGGCUCUUAAUGAUCGUAUGGUACAGCAGCUGGUGAAGAAAAUUGGGCACCAGGCAGUGCUGAUGGACCUGAUUAAUAAGUAUCAGCAGCAACAAAAAAGUGGGAUAGAAUCCCAUACAUACAGUUGUGAAACAGCCUCUCCAAAAUUUCCAGAAGCAAUCAGUGGAAAAAAUCUGAAAUCUUAUUUUGCAAGAUACAAGACAUUGCAGUGGACAAGUGCUUAUGCUUUGCCAGACUUCCCUUACGAUGUCAAGUGCAUAUUGGCAGAAAAAAAAUGCCCUGAUCACAGUAUGAGAAUAAGGAUUAUUGAAUUUUUACAAGCAGACAUGACAAAAUACCUGGAAGGAUCACUGUACCCGAACAGUCAGCAAUAUAACGUUGUUGUCAGUGCUCUGCUGCAGGCAUAUCCGUUCCUUGAUGAAGAUGGGAAUGGGUUUUUGCUAUGGAAACGGGCCCUUAAAGAUCGUUUCAAAUAUGUGCGGAGACCCAUUGAAGAUGAUGAGCAAGUCCUGAGGAACAAGUGCAAGUUUGGCCACAGGCGAGGACAGACCAGGAAAUUUUCAUUUGCUGAAAACAAACCUGGUGACAUCCAGGUGCAGGUGGAGGAAGAACUUGUUCAUCUUGAAGGCAGUGCAAUGGAUGUACAUAUUAAUUGGCUUAAGGAAGAAUAUAUGAAAACUCAGAAGGACUGGAAAGAAGUGGAUAACAGAAUGAAUGUGACAAUAGAGAUACGGAGAAAGAUGAUCAGCAAUAAGGCACCAUUAAAAGACAUUCUUAGACUAUUUCCUUUCUUAAGAUGCCCUUAUCAGCUUUUUAGGGAGUUCCAGCUUCUCACACACAUGGACAUUCAUAAGAAAACAACUGAGAUUUUGGAGAUUUAUUCAGAAAACAUAUUAUCUUUGUAUGUGGUGAGGAAUAAUCCAAUUAACAUUAUGCUGCAAGAAAAUCUGAAGCGGCACGCAGAGGAAGACAUUCUGAAAUAUAUGAAAAUGACUGCUGCAUGCUUACUCCUGCCAGAUGUCUUUGGAGAUGAUUCCAGUCUGUUUGCUGCAGUGAAUGAGGAGGUAAAGGCAGUGACACCAGUACUGGAAGUAAAAAAUCCCUUUGAUGUGAAUUCGAGUGAGUUUGCACUGUAUGUGGAAAGAGAAGAGCUAGCCCAGCUCGAUGACUGCACCAUGGGCCUGGCUGCGCUGGUGGCUGCCUUUCAUGUGUUCGGUAUCCCAUGCCCCAAGAGAAUCCACAGGACACUGAACUUCCUCGAGUCCCUGGUCUUUGAGGUGAGGAGCUCAGCAUCCUUGCCCAACCAGGUAAAGAGAGAGCUGGAGGCACCAGAGUAUCCCAGUAUCUGA